GCAGACAUACGCUCUUGUGUCAUGCUGCAUUUAUUCUGAUGGAGAACUGGAACAACCAAUCUCUUCUGGCUUGUUCCAAUCUGUACUGCAAUCUUAAAUGCGAGGUUAAAGACUUAAGAUAAGAGGUUACGCGCGUUUAAAUAGAAUCUCUGAUCUAUGGUGCACGAUUUGUCGUUUUGUGUAGUUUCACAAUUAACUCAGUGUGCGAAGUUUUUGUUAGGACCUUUCCAUCUGUGCAGACCAUAACACGAAGGAAGCGGAAAUUAACAGCCCGCUUGCUUUUCCCGGAGCCACUCCGGAGUCGGGAAAAUUAACUGCAACAGUAAAUCGUAUAACAUGAUUUUACUGUUGUUAAAAUACAGAAUUUUCAUUUAGUUUCACUUUAUUUCACUGCGUAAGGAGGAUCGAAGAGGGAGAGAUCUGCACCCUGAUGCGCUGGGUUGACAGCACCCAGACAAGGAAGAUCUGUCACUCCACAGUCAGCAGUGACAAGGACAGAUAUUGGACUGAAUCAGAUCAGUCAGGACUGUUAUUCUGCCUGUAGAAGCACUUCCUUCUGGAGCUUUAUAUCUGUCUCGUGUCCACACAGUCCAUGCCAUGGAGGCAUUAGCUAAAUACGAUUUCAAAGCUACUGCGGAUGAUGAAUUAAGUUUCAAGCGAGGAGAGAUUUUAAAGGUUUUAAAUGAAGAAUGUGACCAGAACUGGUACAAGGCAGAACUCAAUGGAAAAGAAGGAUUCAUCCCUAAAAAUUACAUAGAAAUGAAGCCACACCCCUGGUUUUAUGGGAAGAUUCCCCGUGCAAAGGCAGAAGAAAUGUUAAAUAAACAGAGACACGAUGGAGCUUUUCUCAUUCGAGAGAGUGAGAGUGCACCUGGAGACUUCUCGCUGUCUGUCAAAUUUGGGAAUGAUGUCCAGCACUUCAAAGUCUUACGGGAUGGAGCAGGAAAAUACUUCUUGUGGGUGGUCAAAUUUAACUCAUUAAACUCUUUAGUGGAUUAUCAUCGGUCCACUUCUGUGUCCAGGAAUCAGCCCAUUUUUCUCAGGGACAUUGAACAGGUACCACAGCAUUCCACAUAUGUUCAAGCUUUGUUUGACUUCGACCCUCAAGAGGAUGGAGAGCUGGGUUUCAGGCGUGGAGAUUUUAUCCAUGUCCUGGACAACUCGGAUCCUAAUUGGUGGAAAGGGGCUUGUCAUGGACAGACCGGAAUGUUCCCUCGCAAUUAUGUCACACCUGUCAAUCAAAACAUGUAACUUUCAUAGAAAAUGUUUGCUUGCUUAAAGCACCUGUGGACUUCCAGCUGCGUUGCCAUGGAAACAGAAACCGCAGAUUGAUGGAGAAAAAAGGCUCAGUUGGUGAUAUGGUUGUCGAUUUGCGGAAAAAUAAAGACUGUGCUGUUUGGAGUGGUUGACAGUUUAAGAAGCACUACUGGCUGUGUGAGGAAAAACGCUCCAGACUGAUAUUCAUGUACUGUGUAUCACAUCAACUUUGCUUCUUAUGCAACUUUAUUUCAUGUUAUAAGACAUCAGCUAUAUAAACAAA